AUGUCCUAUCCAAACCAGUCCCCCUCUCACCGAUCCGAAUCUGCGAUUGCGGAUGACAGAAGCUCGUGUGACCCCCGUCUGAACGCCUCUGGUCCUGCCGAAUUUCCAUGCCACAAGCGCGAGCUCUCCGAGACGCUCGACGAGGGUGACUCAGACGGGGAGUUCUUCAGCCCUUCGAUGCGCCCUCAAACUCCACAAGAAGACGACUUCUACGUGGACCCCUCUUCCCCAAUGCACGAUGACGCGGGUCCUGAGCCUCCGACCGCCGUAGUCGAGCCCGAAUGGGUUCCUUUCCCGUCACCAAUAAGUACCAACCAGGAGUCGCAGUCGCCCACUGCUAUUUACCGGGAAUUUCAAGAGCUUCCUGGCUCCAGCCCACCCCAUAUUCAUCAGGAGAGUCGUCGAGAAGAGCACUCAUCUCCUUCUGACUGUCGGUUCCUCCCACAAAACAAAUGGGGCCGCCCUCUAGCCCCUGCUUCUCCGACAACACCUACGCACGCGCCUCCGACUGAGCGUGAGGGGGAGCAUACCCCACAGGAACACAGCAGGGCUGUCCAAGACGAUGCGGCCGUGGGUGUAGCCAACGCGUGCGUCGUUCAACGGGUAGCUGAGCACUUUCCGGCUGUGCCGCUGGGCCUCGUCUUCCAAAUUGCUGAACAUACAUUCUACCCCUCGUACCUCUACCUCUUGGACGUUACUCAUCCCGAGCGCGACGAAGCACUGGAACUGGAUGGCGAAGAGAGCCUUCUUAGGGUGUAUCCAGACUACCAAACACUCAUGAAAUCACUGACAGUGUAUUUCAACGUCCUCCAGCACUGUAUCGAGCUGGAUCCCAACUACGAUUUGACGGACCUUCGGCUCGUCGGCGAUGCAGCAUUCACCUACAUAGCCCAUUUGGCCCACCUUCAGUCCCAGUACACUUGGUUUGGCGUGCUCGACUUCCACACACGUUUCUUCCGUCUGCGGCUGGAAGAAAUGAAGAAAGGGAAGUUUAAUGGGUGGCAGUCAACGGAGAAGAUCUUUGUGGACAGACUUAGCCUCUGGGGAAGGGAGAAGCACCAUGAGAGGAAGAGACCUGGUGAAAGCAACGGUCAAAGUAAUAAUUUAACGCAAAUGUAG